ACUCCGCCCUCUUUCGGUUUGUGCGCAUGCGCUUUUCAAUUCUCCACAACUCCCUCCGUUUCCGGACGCUAGGAUCGAGCGCACAGCUGCCGCCGAAUUUAAAGAGACAUACAUCAUUUGUUUAAAUAAUACGACCAUUGGAAAAAAAAUUACAUACAUUGUUUCUGGUUCUCCUCGCGGAGAUCGAUGGGGGCCCGUUAUUGAUCCGCACGCUUGACGGUGUAGUUUUAGUAGGGAUUGAGAGGUCCGAACACACUUGCGGGCUUGAGCUGGAAGUCUAUACUGGAGUAACUGGGUGGCCGUCCGUAAAGUAGACUGGACUUGUGGGGGGAAGAGAGCUGGGUGGCCCCCCGAUCCGAACUGAUUUUUGCACGCCAGAACAACCUGCAAACACGGAGGGACGGUAAAUCAUCGUGGCUUCGGUGGCUGUUGGUGGGGAAGGAAACGCACCAUGGCGAAAAUUCAGGCUCGCAGCAGCACUGCGAAGCAAAUCAACCAGAUCCAAGACAAGGCCUAUGUGGUUCAGAAGCAAGUCCAGCAGCAGCACUUUCAGAAACUAAAGGUGGAGGAUGCCUUAUCUUACUUGGACCAAGUCAAAAUACGGUUCGGAAAUGAUCCGGGAAUAUACAAUAAGUUUCUGGACAUCAUGAAAGAGUUUAAAUCUCAGAGCAUUGACACACCAGGAGUUAUCAACAGAGUUUCCCAGCUCUUCCAUGGGCAUCCUGACCUUGUCCUGGGAUUUAAUGCCUUUUUACCACCUGGCUAUCGGAUUGAAAUUCCCAAGAAUGGAAUGGCAUUUCUUCAGUCCCCGUUGUCCUCGCAGGUCUCUCCAGGAUCAGGAGGAUCAGGAGGUUCAGGAGGAUCAGGAGGACCAGGAGGUUCAGGAGGAUCAGGAGGACCAGGAGGACCAGGAGGAAGGAGCACGGGCAGCUCUGUGGUCAGUGCCUCUUCUUCAGCGGUGGCCGAGCCAGGGCCGGCUCCUAAUGAGGCCGUGACCUCUCCAGAGAGCAUUGCUUCAUCGUCUGGACCUCCUGAACAAUCAAGCCGGUUGUCACUUCCUCUGCCUAGUCGAGAGAGCCAAUCACAGCCGGCCACCACGUCGGUGUCCCCUCCCACAUCCGAGCCCAGCCCUGUGGAGUUUGACAGUGCCAUCAGCUACGUAAAUAAGAUCAAAAACCGAUUUUUGGACAACCCAGAAACUUACCGCGCCUUUCUGGAAAUUCUACAUACAUACCAGAAGGAGCAGCUGGAGGUGAAGGAGAGCAGAGGGCGUAGCACUGGAGGAAUGACCGAAGAUGAGGUUUUCUCUAAAGUGGCAAGCCUUUUCAAAGGUCAAGAGGAUCUGCUUGCGGAGUUUGGCCAGUUUUUGCCUGAUGCAAAGAGAUCUCUGUUUACUGGAGGUUCUUUGCCUGGCAAAGACAAUCUGAAGAAAGCAGAGGACGAGGAAAUGAAUAAACAGAGCAAGAAGAGACCUAGACCCAUGUUAUUGCCCCACAUGACCCCACUUCUCAAGAAAAAAAUGAAAUAUUCCUGUUCCAAGGACCCAUCUUUUGCCUCUGUCGGAAAGCAUGGAGUUUUGCGGGAAUUCACGUUCUUUGACAAGGUUCGCCGUCUGCUCAAGAGUCAGGAGGUGUACGAGAAUUUCUUACGCUGCAUAGCUCUGUUCAAUCAGGAAGUGGUUUCAGGGGCCGAACUCCUGCAGCUUGUGACUCCAUUCUUGGGGAAGUUUCCAGAACUGUACACCCAGUUUAAGUCAUUUUUGGGUGAUAAAGAGCUGUCUCAUGCCAUCACGGGCCUCUCUGACCGCUACAUGGAGGGUGGAGGCAGAGAAGUGGAUUACGCCUCCUGUAAACGCCUGGGUUCCAGCUACAGAGCGCUUCCCAAGACCUACCAGCAGCCCAAAUGCAGUGGCCGAACUGCUAUAUGUAAAGAGGUGCUGAAUGACACCUGGGUCUCAUUCCCCUCCUGGUCAGAAGACUCCACUUUUGUGAGUUCCAAGAAAACACCAUAUGAAGAGCAACUUCAUCGCUGUGAGGAUGAGAGAUUUGAGCUGGAUGUUGUGCUUGAGACUAAUUUGGCAACGAUAAGAGUUUUGGAAAGCGUGCAGAAGAAGUUAUCCCGCCUUUCGCCGGAGGACCAAGAGCGCUUUCGAUUGGACGACUGUCUGGGUGGAACUUCUGAGGUCAUCCAGCGGCGUGCAAUCUAUCGUAUCUAUGGUGACAAAGCUCCAGAAAUCAUUGAGGGGUUGAAGAGAAGUCCAGCCACUGCAGUUCCUGUCGUACUCAAAAGAUUGAAAGCUAAAGAGGAGGAGUGGAGGGAGGCCCAGCAGGGCUUCAACAAAAUCUGGAGAGAGCAAUAUGAGAAGGCGUAUCUAAAAUCACUGGACCACCAGGGUGUCAACUUUAAACAGAACGACAUGAAGGCUCUUCGAUCCAAAAGUCUUCUUAAUGAAAUAGAGAGCAUCUAUGAUGAGCGGCAGGAGCAGAGCACAGAAGAGGGCGGCGUGGGCCAGCAAGGUCGUGACGGCUCGGGCACAGGUUCGACCAGCGAACCCCACAUGAUUUUCACUUACGAAGACAAACAGAUCCUGGAGGACGCCGCCUCCCUCAUCAUCUACCAUGUCAAGCGACAGCCCACCAUCCACAAGGACGACAAGGACCACAUCAAGCGUAUCAUCCAGCACUUCGUCCCCGACCUCUUUUUCGCUCGUCGUGGAGAGCUUAGUGAAACGGAGGAAUUCACGGAUGAGGAAGCCGAGGGUGAGGACGGCGCCGCCACAGGAGGCGGAGUCUCAACGACAGGCGGCCAACAACAGCUGAACGGCGAUUCCAGACGAAGACGAUGCACUUCACCUCAGAGCAUGGACACCUCUACGCCUGCCCAUGGCAUGAAUCCAGAAGGGGAGGCGGUGGAUCUGCGCGACCCGGAGGCUGAGCACCAGAAGGAGCUGGAUGGAGUCUACAACCUGUUCUUCGUCAAUAAUAACUGGUACUUCUUCCUGCGGCUGCACCAGACUCUGUGCUCACGGCUGCUGAGGGUUUACAGGCAGGCCGAGAGACAGUUACUGGAGCACAGGGCGGAGCAGAAUCGUGAACGGCUGCUCAUGGGAGAGGGGCGCAGAGAAAAGGCCAACGACUUGGCCAUGGAGCUGCGUCUAAAACAGCCCAGUGAAGUAGAGUUAGAGGAAUAUUACCCAGCGUUCUUAGACAUGGUACGCAGUCUACUGGAUGGAAACCUGGAGUCCACGCAGUACGAGGACACCCUGAGAGAGAUGUUCACCAUCCACGCUUACAUCGGAUUUACCAUUGACAAGCUCAUACAGAACAUCGUAAGACAGCUUCAGCACUUGGUCAGUGAUGAGGUGUGUCUGCAAGUCACUGAGCUGUACCUGGCUGAGAGGAAGAGGGGCGCCGCAGGUGGCAAUCUCUCGUCCCAGUGUGUCCGUGCCGCUUGGGAGGCCAGCUACCAAUGGAAGGCAGAGAGAGUCAUGGCUGAGGAAAACUGCUUCAAGGUCAUGUUCAUUCAAAACAAAGGUCAGGUGACCUUAACAAUUGAGUUGCUGGACACGGAGGAGGCCCAGGGUGAUGACCCACUGGAUGUUCAGAACCUGUCUAAUUAUAUGGAGCAGUAUAUAGGAACUGAGUCUGUAUGUUCUCAGACAGAAGGAUACUACUUCAAGCCUGUGUUUCUACCCAGAAAUCUGAGACAUUUCCGUGGCUGGCAGCUUAAGCAGGUGGAAGCCAUGCGCUGCCGGAGAGAGUGGCAUCGGAAGAUGGGCGUGGAGACAGCCGGGAACCUGGACUGCCGUUUUAAACUUAACACGCACAAAAUGGUGUUUGUGAUGAACUCCGAAGACUACAUGUACCGCCGAGGGGCCCUGGUAAAGGCUCGGAGGUCCCAGCACAGAGUAGCACGGGCUCAGCACGAGCGUUUUGAGCAGUGGCACCGGGGUUGGUUGAGCGAGCACGUGUCUUCCUCUGCCGAGCGCGGCGUGCAGGACUGGCUCAUGGGAGAAGAGGAUGAGGACAUGAUCCCCUGCAAGACCACCUGCGUGUCCGUGCAGGUCAAAGGCUUACAUGUCAACAGGUACCAGGUGCACUACAACAGCAAGGCCCCCGCCUCACCGUAACAACCUCAAGCCUUGGGAUGGAUUUUUGUGAUCUCUUUCUCUCUCUCUGUUUUCUCUCUGUCUCUUUCUCGCUCACUCUUUCAAAUGGCCGAGCGUAAACGUGCUUGGCUGAAACACAGCGAACAGACAGGAGUGGUUUGAGGACAGACAGCUGCUCAAAGGAGGGAAUGCCUCAUUGAAAAGCAUCACAUCUCGACACUAGACCAUCAUGAUCGAUGCAGUUACCAGACGCUUCAGAAAUGUGAAUGUCAUUUUUUUUUUUUUUUUUUUUUUUUUUUUU